GUUCGGGUCCAAAGAUCUUUGAAACCGCCAUGAGGAAGACCGGCAAAACUGGAGGAAGACAGGACCAGCGCCACCAUCACAGCCGUCUUAAUGAAAUCGAUGAGAACUGGGUCCUUAGGCCCCCUGUUGAUGAGGAACCCAAUCUUAUUCAAACCGAUCUCUCACCGCCUUCCUCCCCUUCCGCUUCUUCCGCAACAGAAAGCAGAAUCGAACCAAUUACCGUCAGUUUACUCGUCUCAAAUCGCAUCCCUAGAACCCGUCAAAACUCCAAGUGGGUGUCUAAGAAUCGGCAUGCCCAUGCAGUCAAACCCAAGUUUGUGAAAAGGUCUGAACUGGGUUCUCCGAAUAAUGAAGUGGGUUCUCUAAAUUCUUUGGAUUCUGACAUAGGGUCGUUGAGUAUUGAGCAGAAAGUCAACACGAAGCAAGAGAAAGGCGGGGAUGAAGAAGAAGGAGAAGGGCAGGAAAGAGAUUGGAGAGAGACAAUUGAGGUGUCCGAAUCAGUUGAGGAUGUGGAUAGUAUUUUCAGUAGAUUGGAAGAGUUUCAGCUGGGCGUGGAAGAGCCUGAGUUGUCGGAGGAGCAGCUGAGGAUCAACGAUCAGCUGCAGGGGGACGAGUUACUUGCUAUGGAAUCCAUUUAUGGAGACAAUGUUUUCAUCCUUGACAGGCACGAUGGCUUAAGAUCUUUUCAGAUUCAUAUACGCAUUGAAGCACCAAGUGGAAUUGCUAUUACUGCAAUGCUAAAUUCAUCUGAUGAACUUCAUACCAAAAUUGACAGUUCAGAUGAUUUCUCUUACUCUUUCAGAGUCGAAUAUCUUCCACCAAUUUUGUUGACUUGUUUAUUACCUAAACCAUACCCUAGCCACCUACCGCCUUAUUUUGCUAUCUCUGUCCGGUGGUUGGAUUCAAGUAAGAUUUCCAAUCUUUGCUCUAAGCUGGACUCAAUAUGGAGGGAACAGCUAGGGCAGGAAGUCAUAUACCAGUGGGUGGAAUGGCUACAAAGUUCUUCUCUUUCUCACCUUGGGUUUGAUAAAGAAAUUAUGCUUGGUACUUAUAGACAAAGACUUACAGGAGAUAGACGUGCAGUUUCUGGAAUUUCUUCCCCAGAUGUGGAUAUUCCUUUAAUAAAAAGUUACAAUGAUGAGAGACACCUUGAGAACUUCCGCACAAACUUGCAUGAAUGCUGCAUCUGUUUUAGUGAGUAUGCAGGUACUGAGUUCAUCAGAUUGCCAUGCCAGCAUUUCUUCUGCUGCAAAUGUAUGAGGACUUAUUCUGACAUGCAUAUCAAGGAAGGCACCAUAAGCAAGCUUCAAUGUCCUGAUACAAAAUGUGGAGGUAUGGUCCCUCCUGCUUUGUUAAAAGGAUUGCUUGGUGAUGAGGAGUAUGAACGGUGGGAGUCCUUGAUGUUACAAAAAACACUUGAUUCGAUGUCUGAUGUUGCUUAUUGCCCAAGAUGUGAAACACCUUGCAUAGAAGAUGAGGACCAGCAUGCUCAAUGCUCAAAGUGCUUGUUUAGCUUUUGUACACUGUGCAGGGAGCGGCGCCAUGUAGGCAUAGCCUGUAUGACACCAGAACUGAAGCUUCUUAUUUUGCAGGAACGCCAGAAUUCAUCCCAACUAAAGGAGGAGCAAAAGCGUAGAGAACGUGAGAUGAUCAAUGAGAUUCUUAGUGUCAAGGAAAUACUUCGUGAUGCUAAGCAAUGUCCAUCGUGUAAGAUGGCAAUUUCCAGAACUGAAGGUUGCAACAAGAUGGUGUGUGAUAACUGUGGGCAGUAUUUCUGCUACCGCUGUAACCAGGCAAUUGAUGGAUAUGAUCAUUUCGGGAGUGGGACAUGCGAUUUGAACCCACAAGAAGUAAUUCAGGAGUGGGAAGAGCGCAUUAAUCCUCGCCAAGUGUUGGGUCUCUUUGCCGCAAAUGGUCAGGCAUGCCCUAAUUGUGGUCAAUUCAAUGCAAAGAUUGGCAACAACAAUCAUAUAUUUUGCUGGGCGUGCCAAGUUCAUUAUUGCUAUCUUUGCAAAAAGAUUGUGAGGCGUAGCUCUCAGCAUUACGGACCCCGGGGUUGCAAACAGCACACGGUUGGGUAGCAUCCGGAACUAUCAUUGAACACUCGGGUGCACUUGGCCUAUUCGAAUGAGCAAACCGAGCAGCCUGUCAUAACAGUUAAGUGUUGAUGCAUUAGGAUGAAAUGGAUUAAGCCGCUUGGCUCUUGUGGUGAUUUGUAUCAAGUUCCAGUGGAAGGUUCUUCUAUUCUCGUUUGCCUCAUUCCUGAUUAAACUGAGACAUCUCGACCAUACAAUUUUCCCCA